GGUCAGAUGGUUUCUGGGUUGGGCACGUGAUCCCGGGAUAAAAGUAUAAAGAAAGAUGCGCGCGAAGGGCUGCCUAACCCAGAAGUUUCUCAGACGCUGGAGAGACGGGAACAUAGAAGGGGGGAGAAUAAGAAAGGAUAACCCAGAAGCCGGAGGAGUGGAAACAGAGCCAUGGCAGAAAGACCAACUCAAGAUCUGUCUGAAGCCCUAAAGGAGGCCACCAAAGAGGUGCAUGAACAGGCAGAGAACACACAGUUUAUGAAGAGUUUCCAGAGAGGGCAGGUGCUGCUUCGGGAAUUUAAGCUAUAUUUAGCUUCCCUGUACUACAUCUAUUCGGCUCUGGAGGAGGAAAGUGAGAGGAAUAAGGACAAUCCAGUCUACGCCCCUGUUUAUUUCCCAGCUGAGUUGAAUCGCAGUGCCGCUUUGGAGAAAGACUUGGAGUAUUUCUAUGGCCCCACAUGGAGACGAGAGAUCCAGUGCCACGAGGCGACUCAGAAGUAUGUAGACAGGCUCCAUCACGUUGGCCAGUAUGAACCUGAGCUCCUGGUGGCUCAUGCUUACACCCGCUACCUGGGAGAUCUCUCUGGGGGCCAGAUUCUGAGGAAGAUUGCACAGAAGUCUCUUAAUCUGCCCAAAACUGGAGAAGGCCUGGCUUUUUUCGACUUCCCUGGAGUCACCAACAUCAGCAAGUUCAAGCAACUCUAUCGCGCUCGGAUGAACACGCUCCCUAUGGAUGCAGCUACCGAGAAGAGAAUCGUUGAAGAGGCCGAGAAAUCUUUCCUGCUGGAUAUUGAAGUGUUUGAGGAACUGCAGAGGCUGAUAAGCCAAGGAAAACCAUCAGCAAAUGGCAGUGCUGUACUACCAAAGCUGGAGCUUCACACAAGAGGAAUCAACAGACCACACAGUCCAGCUGCCACAGUGGAAAAUGUGCGGACACAGAUGUGGCAUAAGGAUAUGCUGCCCAGCACACCAUUCCUGCGCUGGGUUCUUGCUCUUUUCUUCUUAGGAACAGCAGUGGCUGUGGGCUUGUAUGCUAUGUGAACAGGAAGGACUUGAAAUGGUUUUUCACCAGCAUCUGCCUUUUCCAAAACUAACAGAUCUUUCCCUUGCAAAGGAAAGGCCUGCUGAGAUUCCUCAGCCUAGGGUGGUCUGAGCAAGACUGUUACUAACAAUAUAGACUAUUUCAUAACUGAUUUUCAAAGAAUGCAAACUCUUAUGUUGGAAACAUUUCUCUUAAUCAUCCUGAAAUGCCAUGAUCUGGCAUGCCUUAAAACAAGAAGAUGCAAAGACAAAAAGACUGAUGACUUACAAGUUGCCAGCUGAGAGAGAGAGAGAGCUGGUUCUUUGUCCAGUGUUUUCUUUUGGACCAAUAUCUAAUGCUGAGGGGCUUGUUUCUCUUGGUACUGAGAUACAGGACAGCGUUUCAACUAGUUUAAAACUGUAUGUUUCUAUUUUUGAAGCACGUUUCGAGUUUUGAUUCAGCAAUCAGCUGGGGGUGGGGUGGGGGAUAAAGACAGCAUCCUGAUAAUGCUGCUAAGAUCUUGCAUUUGUUAUUUGUCUCUAUAAUUUAUAUGCACCACUAUUAAAGCUGUGUAUUACAAAAAUACAACCAUUAAACAUUCAUGGGAGUUGACCAAAUGGAGUUUGU